AUGAACCAACUGGCAGCGUCCUUCUGGCAUGCUAUCGAUUACAACUUGAUCCCCACGGCGGCCUUUACCGUCGAGCGCAUGUUGGCAAUUGACCCCUCUUCGGAAAACGUCCAUUUGCAUGCGCUGGUUCUGGAUCGCCAGGGACGUCACAAGGCAGUCUUGAUGGCCACAAAAACACACCUGUCCCACAUUGGUUGUUUGUAUCUGUACGCUGAGUCGUGUCUUAAGCUGCAGAAGCAUGCUGACGGUGCCCGGGUCCUCGAGGCCGGCAAAAAGACAUGGCUCAAUGGCACGUACACGGCCCAUUCUGCGACACAACGAAGCGUGAUUCCAGACCCUUCGGCCUUUUUGGUACUGCUAGGAAAGCUGUAUCAGGGCGCAGGAAACAUUACCGUGGCCGCAGAGGCCUACGCCAUGGCACUGAGCCAGAACCCGUUUGUCUGGGAGGCUUUUGAACGGCUCACAGAAAUGGGAAUUAACGUCAACGUCGCCAACAUUUUCAAACCAGGAUACCAAUACCCCGUGGAGGAUCCCUUUCAGGGAGGCAAGCUGGGAUUCGGUGGCAACAACAGUGCUGGCAGCAAUAACAGCGUCAACACAAACCCAUCGGCUUCUUCAACCGGACAACAACAAUCUAAUCUUACCACCACCUUCCAGGGAGGCUCGCUAGGAAAGGGCAAGUUCCUCGGAGGCAAAAGCUCGCUGUACGACACGCCUACAUCACGGCCAAAACGCGUUGGAUUUGCCGGAUCAACUCUGGGAGCGGGUCUCAACAUAGCUAACACUCUCCCCAGUGGCCAAACAAUUGGCGGCGCUUCUACGGCAUCCAACUCCUCCAGCGCACCCCCUUCUUCUGCAUCUUCGGCCACUCACUCCUCGGCCACCCUCCCUCUCUACACCAAAAUUGCUCGUGGCGUUCUUGCCUUCUCACGAUACGAGCUACAGACGGCGCUUAAACACUUUCUGGACCUUCCGUCAAUCCACCGAGACUCUGCCUACGUGCUGGCCAAGAUAGGCCGCAUCUACUUUGAGCAGGUCAACUACGCGGAGGCAGAACGGACUUUUGCUCGGCUCAGAGAGCUGGAUCGAACCCGUGUGGCCGACAUGGAGGUCUACUCCACGACCCUGUGGCAUCUGCAGAAGGACCUCGAGCUUGCAUACCUGUCGCGAGAUCUGCUGGACUCGGACCGGUCGUCUCCUCAGGCGUGGUGUGUUUUGGGCAACUCGUUCUCAGUCCAACGAGAACCCGAACUGGCGCUCAGGUGUUUCAAGCGGGCCACAGCUCUCGACCCGCAAUUUGCAUAUGCAUACACCCUCAGUGGUCAUGAGCACGUGACGUCUGAGGCUCUUGAGCAGGCCCAAGAUGCGUUCCGAAUGGCUCUGCGGUGCGACUCGCGGCAUUACAAUGCGUGGUAUGGUCUGGGAAUGGUGAGCAUGAAGCUGGGUGACUUUGAGCGGGCUGAGUUCCACUUCAAGUCAGCUCUGGCCAUCAACAGCAACAAUGUUGUGCUUGUGUGCUGCGUGGGAAUGAUACUGGAGCGACAGAACAUGUUGCAACAGGCGUUAGCAAUGUACACGCGGGCCACGACUCUCCAGCCGCAAUCGGCCCUUUCUCGCUACAAGAAGGCCCGGAUCCUUAUGCAACUCCAGCGGUUCAACGAGGCUCUUGUAGAGUUCGAUCUUCUGCAGACUCUGGCUCCAGACGAAGCUUCGGUCCAUUUCUUGCUGGGCCAGCUAUACAAGGCUGUCAACAAGAAGCCUUUGGCGGUGAAGCACUACACCAUUGCUCUGAAUCUUGAUCCCAAGGGCAGUCAUUUGGUGCGGGAGGCGAUUGAGAAUCUCAGCAUGGACGGCAGUGUGGAUGCAUAG